AUGCAAAAUCAUUACCCUGGUUCUUCGUCAGACGAUUUCAACCCGUUAUCAUCCUCGUUUGGUAGCUCUUUGCGGGAAUAUGAUGCAUCCACAUGGUCACCUACUUCCUCGUCUAUGCAACACACUCCUCCAAUCAUCACGAAUAAUGGCUCGGAAUCCCACAACCAUCACACAACCAUUCACUCCUAUUCCAAUACUCAACCACCUACAAAUAUUCCUCCAUUCAUCAUGUCCUCUAAUCAUCAUCCAGCACAACAUCAUAACAACCCUCCCAUGAACAUGAAUUAUUUCAUGAUGAACCACACCAAUCAUCAUCCCCCUUUAUUCCUAACUGCUGCUGCCCUUCCUUCCUCUACUAUAGUACCUACCGCAUAUGAUGAAUAUUCAAUGAUCAUUCCAACCGCAACUCCCACUAAUAUUUCCUCAUCUUCUCCAUUGUCAUCGGAGGCUCAAUUUUUCGCUAUUGCUUGUGAACCAUGUAGAAAGCAACAUAGAAAAUGUUCAAAACAUCUUCCGAGCUGCAUGGAAUGUAAGCAACGAGGUGUAGAAUGUGUAUAUAGAGAAUCAAAAAGAAUUAAAUCGUCCUCUUCAUCUUCAUCAGUAGAAGAAAAACACUCGAAACGAAACACAAAAGAACACUCUACGAGUGUCAAAGACAAAAAAUUGAAAUACAAGCCUUAUGAAAAAGCAUCUACUGAAAGCAGCGAUAAACGUGGGAAUGAUGUGGUGGGCCAAAAUGAAAAUCUUAAUAGCACCGAGUUUGAUGAAGAAACUGGUCAUUUAAAUAAGAGAAAUGUCAUUGAGUUUUAUUAUGAAUUUGCAAGCGAUGGAUGUCCAUGUAUAGCGAGAGAAGAAUUUGAAAAAUUUCUAUUUUCGUCACCCUCUUUAUCAUCAUUUGACUCGAGCAAUUCAUCAAACAGCAGUGAAGAACUCAACGAUUCCAAUUCAGUGGAACGUGAGGCAUGGUUGGCCAUCUUUUUGUCCAUUCGAGCCUUGUGUGAAUGCAGAUAUGGGCUCACGGAAUUGGCUGAAAAAAGCGCUCAGAAAGCAAAGAAUCUACUCUCUAAAAUGUUUGAUCAGUUCAAUAAUUAUCAUGUAGCUGUGGUCUAUGGAAAUUUAGCAACGUAUGAAGCUUGGUGUGGACGGUUUGAAAAUGCUAAAUUUUAUGUUCAAAUUCUCAGUUACUGUGUCAACAGUUUAUUCCCAGAUGCGACAAAGAGAGAACAAAUGAAUAUUUAUGAAAGAAAUUUGGAAUCUGUAGUUUUCUAUUUUAAUCGAAUUAUUAGCGAUAAUUUUGAAAAGAUGGGCAUUCAACAAGUAGUGCAACGAAUUCCUGAAGUAUUCUCCUUUUUCACAGGCAAGCAAUGUCCAAGUAAUUGGCUGAAAUUACUUCAACAAGAAAUUACAUCAGAAAAUUGUUUUGAAAUAUGGAGUGUCAUACAAGUAAUUAUCGAGGAUUUGAAACAAGCAGUGAUUGCUAAUGUAAACAGCCCAUCAACGAAGCAGAUCAUUCCUGCAUGUUAUGGUUACAGAAAAGAGUAUAGCAGCAUGAUUGAGCCAGUGUUUACAUUAUUUUCGCACAGCGUUAAAAUUUCCAUUCUUGCCAAGUCGUCCAGUCCGUUGGUCAGAGGAGUAAUUGAGAAGUGUGCUUUAGAAAUCACUCAAAUUACAGAACAUGAAGCUUUUCCCUUGUUUCCUGUAGAAGUUGUGGCUUGUGUCAUUGCUGCUAGUCAAAUUCAUAUUCAAAUUGUCAAGAUGCUCUUACAACAAGACUCGGCUGAUUUUAUGUACAAUGGAAACAACUAUUUUGAAAUUUUACAGAAAGACUUGAGAGGUAUUGACAUUCUGCGCAAACGGUACAAAAUUCUUUCAAAAUUCUCCAAUUUAAUUGGAGAAAUAGAGGAUUGUGUGUCUCUAAUUAAGGCAAAAAUAGCAUUGGGUUUAGAACGAGAUGUCAUCUACCCUCAACACGGCGUAAUGGAAGAACAAACAAGUUAUCAGCCUACCAUGGCCACACAAAGUGGCGGCGGAGAUUUGUUGGUGCCAGAACAGAAUUUCUUGCUUUUUGAAGACAUUAUUUCUGCAAAUUUACUUUCUAGUGACGAUUUGAACCAUGUGUUCGAUUUUGAAUAA